AUGAGACUCCCCCAGUCGCUAUUCCUGCUGGCUGUGGCCGGGACCUCUGCCCGAGCUAGCAGCGACAAGGUUGCCCGCCCCCGUGGUGUUGCACCAGAAUUCGCCAAGUUCUACCAGGACACGAAAACCUUCACUUGUAUCUCCAAUCCCGCCGUCCAGAUCCCAUUCUCGGCUGUCAACGAUGACUUCUGUGAUUGUCCUGACGGCAGUGACGAGCCCGGCACCGCUGCCUGCUCGCAUCUCUCGCGCAAUUCCCCACUGACGGUUGCCGAUCGUCCUGGACACAGCGAGCUGGAGCUCACGCUAGCCCUUCCCGGAUACUACUGCAAGAACAAGGGCCACCGGCCAUCAUUCGUUCCUUUCCAGCGUGUCAACGACGGUAUCUGUGACUACGAGCUAUGCUGUGAUGGUAGUGAUGAGUGGGCACGCCCCGGAGGCAAGAAGUGCGAAGACCGAUGCAAGGAAAUCGGCAAGAAGUGGCGCAAAGAGGAGGAGGCUAAGCAGAAGUCUAUGACUGCAGCUUUGAAAAAGAAGAAGCAGCUACUUGCGGAAGCUAGUCGGCAGGAGCAGGAGAUCCAGGAUAACAUCUCCCGGCUGGAAGUAGAGAUCAAGGACGCAGACGCUAAGGUCCAGAGUCUCGAGGCCAACCUGAAGGUUGUUGAGGAGCAGGAUCGCAAGGUCGUUCGGACUAAGGGCAAGGGCAAGGUCAAUGCUCUUGCGGGUGUUGCGAAGGCCAGAGUGGAGGAGCUGCGCGAAAGCAUUCUGGAACUCCGUCAGCAGAGAGAUGAGACCCUCGAUCGAAUGAAGGAGCUCGAGGAGAUCUUGUCCAAGUUCAAGAUCGAAUACAACCCUAACUUUAACGAUGAGGGUGUUAAGCGCGCUGUGCGCAGCUGGGAGGACUAUGCCGCCCGUGAUCUUGGCGAGAUUAUCAAUGAUGCCCAGGAGCGUGACUUCGAUGAGAUUGUCAAGGCUGAUGAUAAGGACUCUGGCGUCGACUGGGAGCACUGGGAGAACGAAGAGGACGGCUGUGCCGAUUCUGAUCUAGUCUACAAGCUCGCGGCUUACCUUCCGCCGUCUCUGGUCGAAUUCAUCGAGGAUAAGGUCCUUGCUGCGAAGGCCUUCCUGGAAGACAAUGGAGUCUUGGCCAAGCCUAGCACUGACUCCACCACCGAAUCCAAGGCUGUGACUGAAGCGCGCGAUGCACUCAAGUCCGCCCAAGAUUCUCUUAACAACCUGAACAACAAGAUCCGUGACCAACAAUCCGAUCUUGAGAAAGACUACGGCACCGCAGGCAUUUUCCGCGCCUUGAAGGGCCAAUGCAUCGAGAAAGAUGCUGGUGAGUACAAGUACGAGCACUGCUUCUUGGACUCAACGAAGCAGGUGGCCAAGAAGGGCGGCUCGGUCACAUCCAUGGGCAAAUUCACUAAGAUUGCAAUGACGACUGUUGAGGAGCUAAACGAAGCCGGAGAUGUCAUCACUGUUGAGAAAAUCGCCCUUGAAUAUGAGCGUGGCCAGUCUUGCUGGAACGGUCCCAACCGAUCCACCAAGGUCGUCUUGGAGUGUGGUGAGCAAAAUGAAAUCCUGAAGACGGCCGAGGAUGAGAAGUGUGUCUACUCCAUGCUUGUCACCACUCCGGCUGUCUGCCGAGGAGUUGAGGAUGAUGUUCCCCGCUCCAAGGAUGAGUUGUAA